AUGCCGAUGUCACGCAAAGCACAAGAUCCAUUACAAAAAGCAAUACCUAGAAAUCCAAAAUAUGAAAAUAUUCAACCAACAAUUGAUACAGGUUCAAGUUUAUCAAAAUACUUGAAGAAAAUGGAAGAGAUUCGUGAAAAUUAUAAAAUGAAAGAUAAUGAAAUUUUUAAACGAAUCAAAAUUCCAACAUUUGUUCAAUUAAUUUUACAAAUAGCUGAAGUACAACAAAAAAAUCAUGAUACAAACAAACAUGAUUCAUUAAAUGCAUCAAUCAAUGAAGUUGACAAUCGUAUUAAUGAUAAUGAGAAAACAAAUGGUGAUGGUUCCACACAUACCAAUUCGGAUCCACCUUUAACUGAAAGAUCUACACUUGAAAGCCUUGUUACUGGUGUUGGAGAGUUCGAUGUGUGUUUUGGUCAGUCACGUUCAAAAAUCCCAGAUACAAACGAUAAAGCUAAUUCAUUACUCGACAGUCCAUAUUUAUUACUUGAUGUAAGGGAUCGAGAUGAUUAUGAUACAUGUCAUAUUAUAACAGCUCGUAAUUAUCCAAUUGCAAUGUUAUCACGUAGUGUUAAUUUUGAAACGAAUGAAAUGUUAGCAUAUCGUAAUCAACCUGAUCAUAUUAUAAUUGUAUAUGAUGAAGAUGAACGUUUAGCACCAAGAGCUGCGACUACAUUAGUACAAAGAGGUUAUUGUAAUUUAUUUAUGUUAUCGGGUGGAUUAAAAGUAGCAUGGAAAUUAUUUCCAAAAGGUUUAAUUAUUGGUAAAAUACCAUUAUCGAUUGUAUAUGCAUUGAAAUUACAUUUAAGAAAUCGAUUAUCCUCUAGACCAUUAUCUCAUCAAAAUUCUCAACCAUCCAAUUCAUCAAUUUCAUCUUUUUCAUUAGAUCAUCGAAAUACUACUACUAAUAAUCAUAAUAAUAAUAAUAAUGCCUCAUUAAUGUAUUGUGCAUUAGGAACACGUGAUAAUUUACAAGGAAUUGAAGAAUUUCUACCGGAAGAUAUUGUUCAAUUAACAUUAAUAUUAGAAAAAGGUUUUGAUGAUGGAUCUUCAACUCGAUCAAAUUAUACACGUUGUAGUAGUUCGUCUACAUGUCAUUCAGCAGUAAUAAAUGGUAGAAAACCAUUUCGUUAAAACAAGUACAGAAAUAAAUAAUAACAAAAAUGUAAUACAACAAGUAUUCAAAGAAUAAUAACAUUUAUUCUAUUAACAAUAGAAUAAUGAUACUGUGAUAAAAAAAAGACUAAAGUUUGUUUUUGUAAUUUUUCUUCUAACCAGUGAAACCAUAACAAACGAUUAUUGUUUUCAAUUGUUUGUGUGCGUGUGUGUGUGAAUAUGAAGAGAAUUUAAUCGUGACGAGUGUAGUUUUAUUUGUGUGAAUGAUAAAAAUGCAUUAAUUAUGUAAUUAUUCUUAUGUAUCUCUCUCUCACUCUCUUUAAAAAUGACAAACAUAAUACAAAGAAACCAUAUGAAUAAAAAAAUACAAUAUUUAAUUAAAAAUAAAAAUUCAUUUUGUUUGUUGUCAUUACAACUUGAUUUCUUUUAAAUAGCGGCGAUUGAUUACUUCUAACCAUCUUCGUUCAUUCACCCACUCACUCAUUCAUUCAUUCAUUCAGUUCACGUGUUAAAGUAUCAUUUCUUUCCUUUCCUUUCCCUUCCCUAUUCAAUUAACAAGUUCAUCUUCUUUUUCAAUUAUUAUUAUUCUUUUACCGGUCAUUGUAUUAUUUUCAAGUUUUUCUUUUUUAAUUGGUUACAUUUUACUUUGUAAAUUGUUUGUUUGUCCAGUAAAACAAACAUCUACAUCUCCAUCACAUUCUUCUCUCUUUUACAUACAUGGUGAUUCAAUUUUGACAUUGUUUUAAUUGGUUGAUUCUAUUUGAAACAAAUCAUAUCUUUUAUUAUUGUUUUGAAAGUAUGUCAUGCUUUAUUAUUGACCUGAAACAAUAAUAAAUAAAGAAGAAUAAAAUAAAAGUAAAUCAAUUUU